CAUAACCAUGCUUUCUAGGAGAAUGAGGUUUUGUGGUCAAGUACUGAUAUUACUUUUAAACAGCCAGAAGACAGGAUUCGUCCCCUCUUCUGUCCUUGGAAGCUGCUAUCUUCACCAUUGGGUACUCCUCUGGAACAUCAAGGAUUGUUCGCCAAGUGAAGGCAUUAAUGCUCCUUCCUCGAUCCACCCCGCUGCCACCUACCCCACCUCCUGAAACAUCUUCGCUGGAUGAACAAAUAUACCGCUUGAUAAUCAGCAGAGCCCCAUUUCAUCCUUCGUCUUCGUGCUCUCUCCUCACGGAAUCGCAUCCGGAAGUCCCGAAAGCUCAUGGUGAUACCCACAGACCGAUCAACAACUCUGAUUAAGGAUUUACGGAAUAGGAGUCUUACAUCUUGAACAAUGGAUCCCAGACGGUGACAGCUCUUUUGGAUAUUCGCCCGUUUGCGAGACUGGGGGUUUCGAG